GAACCCCGGCACCGCGGCCGCCGACGCAGCAGUCGUCCUCGCUCCAGAGCCCUGAGGCGCGCGGGCUCCCGGGCGGCCCAGGCGGGUGCUGCGUGAGGGCGCGUGAGGCAGCGUGGGGCUGGCCGCAGGCGCCCCUGUCCGUCCCCCGCCCGCUCGCUAACCGGCCCAGCCAAGCCCCCGCGCGGGGAGCGCCGGCCCGGCGAGGGCGAGGGCGAUGCCGCGGUGACGGCCCCGCCAUGGCGAAGCCCCCGGCGGGGGCGGCGUCGGCGUCGGAGGAGCUGAGCCAGGUACCGGACGAGGAGCUGCUGCGCUGGAGCAAGGAGGAGCUGGCGCGGCGGCUGCGGCGCGCGGAGGGCGAGAAGGUGGGCCUCAUGUUGGAGCACGGCGGCCUGAUGCGCGACGUGAACCGGAGGCUGCAGCAGCACCUGCUGGAGAUCCGCGGCCUCAAGGACGUGAACCAGAGGCUGCAGGACGACAACCAGGAGCUCCGAGAGCUCUGCUGUUUCCUCGACGACGACCGGCAGAAGGGGCGCAAGCUGGCGCGUGAGUGGCAGCGCUUUGGGCGCCACGCGGCCGGCGCCGUGUGGCACGAGGUGGCCCGCUCGCAGCAGAAGCUGCGGGAACUCGAGGCCCGCCAGGAGGCCCUGCUGCGCGAGAACCUGGAGCUGAAGGAGCUGGUACUGCUGCUGGACGAGGAGCGCACUGCCCUGGCUGCGGCGGGGGGCGCGGGCGGCAGCGGCGCCGGAGGUGCGGGCUCCCGCAGCUCCAUCGACAGCCAGGCCAGCCUGAGCGGGCCACUGGCGGGCGGCGCGGCGGGCGCCGGGGCCCGCGACGUGGGCGACGGCAGCAGCACGUCGAGCGCUGGCAGCGGCGGCAGCCCCGACCACCACCACCACGUCCCACCCGCUCUCCUGUCUUCUGGGCCUCACAAGGCUCCCGACGGCAAGGCUGGAGCCACACGCCGGUCCCUGGACGACCUGUCGGCUCCGCCACACCACCGCAGCAUCCCCAACGGCUUGCACGAUGCCUCGUCCACCUACAUCCGGCAGCUGGAGACCAAGGUGAAGCUGUUGGAGGGUGACAAGCUCCUGCCACAGCAGACGGGCCCUGGAGAGCUGCGCAUGCUGCGGAAGGGCUUUUCUCCCUACCACUCCGAGUCCCAGCUCGCGUCCCUGCCACCCUCCUACCAGGACUCCUUGCAGAAUGGCCCUGCCUGCCCUGUGCCCGAGCUGCCCUCGCCCCCCUCCGCUGGCUACAGCUCUGCGGGACAGAAGCCCGAGGCAGUGGUGCACGCCAUGAAGGUCCUGGAGGUGCAUGAGAACCUGGACCGGCAGCUCCAGCACAGCUGCGAGGAGGACCUGAGCGAGGAGGAGAAAGCCAUCGUCCGGGAGAUGUGCAACGUGGUCUGGAGGAAGCUGGGAGACGCUGCCAGCUCCAAGCCCUCUAUCCGGCAGCACCUGUCUGGAAACCAGUUCAAGGGUCCUUUGUAGGGCCAUUCUUCACGGAUGUGGACUGGCCCCUCCCAGGGCUUCCAGGCCCUAGACGAGGGCAGGACUCCCGCAAGCCACUGUCUUUCUCUGGUGAGUUGUACAUAGGACACGGACCACCCUGGCUGCGUGCCGUGGCACUCUGACGGCCAGGCCUCCGCUCCCGCCUCACGCACCAGCAAACUGCGAAGACGCGAAGCCGCGACUGCUCCCUGGCGGCCCGAGUGACUUGGCUCCCUCUCUGGCCACAGGCUCCAUUUGCAAGAGGCUGAAGGGAUGCCAGGCUCAGGGACUGUCCAGGCUUCCGUGUCCUGCCCUCGAUGUGGGGGCCACUCAUCAAGCUUUCCAUCCUCCUGGUGCCCCUGUACUGGACAGAGGCUGCCAUCACCUGAAUCCUGACACAGUGGCACCAUUUCCUGCCCUGCCAUGGCCGGGACCCCAGCUCACCCAGCACUGGGUCCUCUGUGUCAUGGACAAGGAAACUCACCAUGUCUGGCUGCUGGAGCUGCUUGGGGCUCCCAGGCCCUUCCUCUGACUUUGGCCCUGGGAGCUUGGAGUCCCUGCUAUUGGGGGUUGGUGCCAGCCACCUUGAUGCCAGUUGCUGCUUGUUCUUAGUGUUCCCCUUCCCUGACACCCCCAAACAUACAUUCUCUGUGGUCUCUGUACCCCGUGCCAGGGUUAGCCCCAUCUUUUGGGGUCCCUGCUGUCCAGCAUCCUACCUGGGGCUCACAGGAACAGGGAAGGUCCUGGAGGGCUUCUGGGCUGAGCUGCAUCUGGGGAUGGGUAGAACCAGGUCAUGCGGAGUCCCUGGUCAGCUGUGGGGUGGCUGCCUCCAGGGCUGGCUAUACCUAGGUCACUUGUGGACACAGCUACAGGGGCUUCCCAUGAUGAGCAUUCUGUUCUCUUUUGGAAGGAAGGACCCUGACUUGGUUCAGGCUUUAAUUUACUGUGUGACCUUCAUGAAGUCACACAGCUUCUCUGGGCCCCUGCUGUAGAUGGUCUCAGUCCUCACAGCUCACAAGCCAAGGCCAAGCUCAUGUUGCUGCCUUGCUGUCUCAUGGCAGGUCACCUCCUCUCUCCAAGCCUCAGUGUUCUAAGCGACAAAAUGGACGCCACCCUCCUUACAGCAAGAGACCUUCAAUGUAAAUGAUCCCAUAUAAACCAUGAAGUGUGAUAGGAAAUAUUUUUUAGUUUGUGAGAGGAAAAUGAGGCCCAGGAGGGGAGGUGAUAUUGUACUACUACACAUAGUGCCCUGGCUACAGGGGAGAUCCUAAAAUCUCUAAGAGGGCAGGCCAUUUUGACGACAUCCACACAUGCACGUAACUGGCCAGCCCCAAUCCCGACUCACCUCUGUUCACUUCCCGCUGUCAGCCAUGUCUCCCCUCUUCCGAUGGUACUUGAGCUCCGUGCAGCAGGUACUUGAAGGGCCCAAGGAGUGUCUUCCUAUCAGGCAGGUCUCAUUCAGGCCGAGCCAAGGAUGGGGACCAGGGCAGGGGAGGGCAGAUGGCUUCCCUGCUGCUUUCCCCAGCUGGGGACCCUCUACAGGGAGUGGUCCCCUCGGCGUUUGCCAUCUGCGCCCUUGUGUCCUGCACUCAGGGGAAAGGCCCGCAGCCCUUGGCGUGCCCUGGGAGUGCCAGCUAGGUGCUUCAGGGCUGGCCUGCUGCUCUUGCUGUGGGUGUUACCAGAAAGCUCUUCCCAGGACCUGCUGCCUGGGCAGGUGAUGAGCUCCUUGUUGUUAGGGGUCUGCCCCCAUCUACUGGUCAUGGUACUGCGUCACGCCUGCCUAAGUGGGAAGCUGGGCUGGUGACACAUAUGUCCCUUUGGGGUGUCCUGAGGGGUGUGGGUCCAUGCUGUGUAGGAGCCCAGUCAGGGAGCCCACGUGUCGUGUUUGGAUCAGGGUGGCUUGGCCACCACUGAAAUAAGCAAUAAGGGCUCCUGUAUCUGCAGAUCUACCCAGGGAACAGCCUGGAAGCCACCUGUCUCCUGAGGGAAGUGACCCCCAUCCCUGGUGCUGUGGAGGCACCAGGGGUCUGCAGAGCACCUCCUGCCUGCCAGAGGCCCCUGAGUCCACACAGAAGUGGACAGCUUUCUGGGACGGGACUGUGACAGUCAUGUCUUCAACACAACAGUUAGUAAAAGCCAGCAGCAGCAGGAGCCCAGGUGCUCUUGGCAGUGGCAGAGCCAUGAGUGAGCUGGGGUGGGCCCCACUGGGCCUCUCACAGUGGGGAGCCUGUGGGCCAUAGCUCAGGGUGACACCGGGUGGCCCUCCCUUCUGGAGCCUUAGCUCUGAAACUCCUAGGCAGGGGCCAAGGGCCUUUCAUAGAGGCUCCUUUCCGUUUCACAUGCUAAUUCUCAAUCCUGAAGCCCAAGGAGACUCACACUGGCUUCAGUUCCACUGUGACAGGUCACCCUUCUGGCCCCAGCCCAGGUGGCCUCACCUAUGCUGGAGUCAGAAUCUGCUGAGCACAUUUUUUUAGGGUGGCACAUUUUUAUCCAAAAGUUAUUAGCUACACACCAGUGUUUAAAGAGGAAAAAGUGACCUUUCAUUUGUUUUUUCUUGAAACUUGAGAGGGAAAAAAAAAAAACAUACUACUGAUUUUUUUUUUUUUUUUUUAAAGAAACAAACUGAACGCAUGGCUGCAGAGUGCUGGAGGUGUCUAUUUUUCAUACUGUGGGGAAAGUACUCAUGCUGCUUUUUGGAAACAGGCUGGGACGUCUGGUUCCUGUCCUGGGCCGGCAGCUAUGCUAUUUUCUGUAGAAGGUGACCAAGGUGGACCUGCAGCCACCCCCACAGAGCCGAGCCUGUGGAUUCCCGCCUGUUUCUACCUUCUAUUGAACCACUUUGAUUUGUGGAGAGAAUAGAACUUUUUGAUAGUGUGGUAAAAACAUUGAUUUGAACUAUUUUAGUAAAAGGAGUAACAAAUAAGAUUGUGACCGUGUAUACUUUGAGCUAGAUAAAUAAAGGCCUCUUUGCAAGCCUU